AUGGCGGAUACGAGAGGGACGAUUGCGAUUGCAAGGAUGUAAAGCAUUUUCACCUUUUUAUGUUUCACAAGUCAACCUGUGCGUCUAAAGAUGUCUUCAACUUCAACAGACCCUUCUUCCAUGCAGGAAAAGAUUCUCUUAGAGCCCUACAGCUAUGUUCUAAAAGUUCCAGGAAAACAAGUCAGGGAGAAGCUUAUUCAGGCAUUCAAUUUUUGGCUAAGGAUACCAGAGGAUAAACUAAGUGUGAUUGCAGAAGUGGUUAAGAUGUUACACAAUUCUAGUUUAUUAAUUGAUGAUAUAGAAGAUAACUCAAAAUUACGAAGAGGAAUUCCAGUUGCUCACCAGAUUUAUGGAGUGGCUAAUACUAUCAACAGUGCUAACUACAUGUAUUUUAAAGCUUUGGACAAGGUGCUCUCCUUGAAUCAUCCAGAUUGCAUAAACAUAUUUACAGAGGAAUUGUUGGAGCUUCACAGAGGCCAGGGAAUGGAUAUUUAUUGGAGAGACAGCUACACCUGCCCAUCUGAGGAUGAAUAUCAUGAAAUGGUCAAGAAAAAGACUGGUGGCCUUUUCAGGUUGGCCGUGAGGCUGAUGCAAACUUUCAGUGAAAAUACAAGUAACUUUGUCCCAUUGCUGGAUACGCUGGCCUUGUUUUUCCAAAUCAGAGAUGACUACGCCAAUUUACUCUCGGAAGAAUACAAGGAAAACAAAAGCUUCUGUGAAGACCUAACGGAAGGAAAGUUUUCAUUUCCGAUCAUUCAUGCCAUUCGCAGUGACUCAGAAAGCACGAGAAUUUUGAAUAUUUUGAGACAGAGAACUACCGACGUAGAUCUUAAGAAGUAUUUUGUAGAUUGUUUAGAAGAGAUUGGCUCAUUUGCGUACACCAAGGUGAUACUCAAACAAAUGGAAGAAAAAUCUCAAGCACUGAUCGCAGAUUUGGGUGGAAAUCCUCAACUUUCAGCUAUAGUUCAACAACUAGCAAAACUCUAUUCCUAGUUAAUUUUUAAUGUAAUUUAAAUAAGAAAAAUAAAAAUCGAAUAAUCACUGAA